AUGUCUGCUCUCCACAGCCACAGCCACAGCCACGGCCAUAGCCACAGCCAUGACCCCAAGCCCGCAUCCUGCCAGCCAGGCGACUGCCUGGCCAAUUGCACCCUGGAGACGGCAAUGAAGAUCAUUGUGGACAUCUAUCAUCAGUACGCUCCUAGAGAGGGCAAGGAUGAUUUCCUGAGCCUGAAGGAUCUGACAGAGCUUCUCCAGUGUCAGGCUCCAACCUUCCUUGCUGCUUGUAAUAGAAACAACCCGAAUUACAUCCAACAGCUCUUCAAGCAGGCAGAUGUCGACAAGAACAAGAACCUGACUUUUGAAGAGACCAUGACGGUGUGGGCUCUCUUGGCAGAUGAUGCCCAUCGCAUCAGUCACAACGAGGACCGAUGUGGCCCUGACAAGGACUGAGCUCCCCUCUGGAC